CUGCCCUGUAAGACGUGGGCGUCUGCUUUGUCCUGUCUCCCAAAAUAUCCCACUCUUAAGUCUGGGCAUGACAGACAGCCAUCACAACAUAUGCAAGGGGGAAUCUACUCUGUGGUUGCAGAUGACGAAACAGCACAAUGUUCCAGCACUUGUAAUGUCACUACACAACCAGCUGAGAGCAAUGUCGAUCUACGGGACGAGGACAUGGAGCAGUCUGUUUUUGGUAUACGUUUUGCUUUGGACCCAUUAACUGCCCCCACUUCCCUCCAUUUUUCCAACUCGUCCCUCAUUGUUGCCUACCAAGAAGAGAUCCCUCCUGGUACAUCUCCAGGCAACAAUGUCAGGAGGUCGACGAUGACUUCUGACCCUGGAGUUACACGUGACCUCCCUCGGGUUUGCGCUGAUGUCAUCAUUGCACGGGGGCAGUAUUACUGGGAGGUUGAUGUCUACAACAGCUCCAUCUACAGAAUUGGUGUGGGCUCAUUGGACCCUUCUGAAGGCUGGUGGUUGGAGAGACAUGGCUUGUCGUUUUGUACCGUUUAUGAUGGACGCAGGGAGCCGCUUAUCACCGUCCCACCUCACAUCAAAACCCUCGGACUCUUCCUUAAUUUUGGAGGUGGGGCUCUUAGCUUCUACAACCCUGUGACCCAGGAGCACCUUGUCACUCUGCCUACCUGUUUCAAUCCCUCGGGUGUGAUUCCUACUCUGGGCGUUGGCCAGGGUUGGCUACGAUUGCGUUGCGGCCUCCCACCUCCUCACUAUGUGUUCCUCAGUAAAAACUCAGCCUACAGAGACCCUCAUGGAGCCGGUAGAGGCGUGUGGAACAGGGAUAUGACCUUCCAAUCAGUGCGUAAAAUGAUUCAAAAGUUUGAGGAGCUGUGUGCAUCAAACUCCGCUUGGAUGCCGAGUGCCUAG